UGACUGGUGGGUGAAGCAGAAGCACAGCACAUGAAACGCCAAACCAAAUUCAACAUACCCCUUUAAUACUUUUCAAGCCCCACCCUCACACUCACACAUGACAUAACAAGUUCAUUUUUUUCUCCGAUUAAAUCCUUGUCCUCUUCCCCAAGCAAUCAAACCUUCUUCCUCUUCCUGCUCCUCUGUAUCAAACUAGGACACCCCUUUUGGCUUUUUCACUCUCUGCCUCCCAAAGUCUUUUCCUUUCUCUCUAUGGCUGUCAAUAAAGCUCCGUACAAUGUACCCCAUAUCACUUCUUUAGCCUAAUUCCCCAAAUUGAGGAACUGGGUGGUUGGUGGUUGGUUUUUGUUGAUGGCUCAGAAUGUUUGACUUGUGUGUCCCACUAGUUUAAUUCUGUUGUUUUACUACUUAUUCUCUUUUAAUCCUUCAGUUUUUUCUGCCUGUUAUACCUGGCUUGCUACUCCUUGUUGCUAUUCUCUCUAGGUUCUGGGAGGAAUUAUUUAACCUUGAUUGCUAGAAGAUUUUGUCGGGUUCAAUUCAUGACUAAUUGGAUUAGAUUUGACACUGGGUUAAUUUGUGGUUAACAUGAUAUUUUCUUUAUAUUCUAUCAGUCUCUGAUUCAGAUUGCUCCAUUAGCCUUUUUCUUUUCGAAUAAAAGAAAUUGCUUCAUGUGACCAGAACUGGAGACUGAAAUCCUUUAUUAUUUGAGGGCACAAUGGGUUAAGUGUACACAUUGGGGGAUGCUGUUCUUGAUUGAAGUUCCAUCAUCACCAAGACGUUGUGUACAUCAGUUUUGAUCACUUUUUGAAUUGGGAAUUUGGACAGAAAGGCUUCAAUUUGUCAAUAAUUGUGAUAAGUGGGAUAUUUUAGCAACGAUGAUUUUUAACAUAGUGAUAUUGUGAAGCAUUGGAAUGGUUAUUCAAGAAAAGAGAAAGGAAUUGCUCAGAUAAUUCAGACGUUUAACGUGAAUCACAAAUUAAUUCCAUCCCUGAAAAAGGAUUUGUGUAUUUUGAUAUGAGGAAUGGAAGGAAGUGAUCAUUCAUUAGUACCACAGUGGUUGAAAAGCAGUGGAAAUGUCAGUAAGGUGGCUGGUAUAAACAAACAAUUCACAUCAUCACCGUACUCUGAUCAUAUUAGUUAUUCUGGUCGUCAAUCGAGUUCUAGUAGCAAAGGUCCUGGCCUCUCAAGGUCAUAUAGUAGUUCUGAGAGAAGCUGGCCAGAUAGAGACUGGGAGAAAGAUAUUGACAGUUAUGGCCUGACCUCAGCAUCACAUGAUUUUCCUAUGACCGUUGGAAGCAGUAGCAAGACUAUGAUGAUGCAUCAGUAUAAUGUUUCUGCAAGCACAUCUUCUGUUACUCCUUGCACAACGAGUCUCAGUAUGGCUGAGACAUUGGCUCAGGGUCCACUUCGCUCUUUCUCACCACCACAAUUAUCUGCUAGUACUCAAAAGUUUGAAGAGAUGGCCCUUAAGCAAUCUAGGUUAUUAAUCCCCGUAACACCAUCCACACCAAGAUUCCUGGUGGCUAGCUCAUCAGAGAAAUCAAAGGCCAAGAUGGGGCAGCAGCAGUAUCCCUUCUCCAAUUCGCGUCGACCCAGUCAUUCUUUACAUGGUGCUCAUCCAAACUUAGAUAUACAGAAAGUUGGUUCUGGUAUUUCCCUUAAUGUCAGUGUUUCACGAGAGUUGAAUGGUGUCUCUUCAGUUGCAAAGGACAAUUUAAAUCCCAAUGGUAGAGUAGUUCUCGGCCCAGUUGGUGCCACUAGAUCCACUUCUAUAUCUUCUCCCUCUAGGAGCUUAAGUAACAGUCAAACCCCUUCGGCAUGGAUAACAUUGGAGAAGAAACCCACUUUUCCUACCCAGAGCAGGAAUGAUUUCUUUAAGAACUUUUCAAGAAAGAGUUCCUUGGAAAAACCUUGUUCUGAUGAUGUGCCUAUUGGCGUAUCUAGUGCCUUGGAGAAGUCUGAACCCAGCACAAGGAGUGUCACUAGUUGUCCUUGUCCCAUUCUGAAGUCUAUAGAUGCCUCUUCAGAUGAUACCUCUGCAGUUAACAUGUUGAAUGACUACAGCUCCAUAAUUACUGAGAAUGGCAAUGUUGCCAAUGAAUCUUUAAAACCUUCAAGCAGUGGAGAUAAGCAACAUAGCAACAACCCAUUUCCUUAUUCAGAUGAGGAAGAGAUUGCAUUUUUGCGUUCACUUGGGUGGGAGGAAAGUGCUGGAGAUGAUGAAGGCCUCACCGAGGAAGAGAUACAAGACUUCUAUGAGAAGUACAUGAAAUUGCAGCUGUGAUCAAAUAUUCUCCAACACGUGGCUUCAAAAGCAUGAUUCAUUACACAGCCACUUGACUCAAAUUCUAGGGGAUGUGGGGGAGCUCCAUGAGUAAAUUAUGUUUAUAAUUUAGAAGUAUGAUAUUGCUGGAUUUGGGAAAUGAAAUUGAUGAGACAAAACUUGUGCAUUUACUAUGUGUCUUGAGGUGCAUGAGUGUUAAAAUUAGGGAAAAGUGGUUGGAAAGUAGCUGUUAGAUAAGGAGAUUUUCCUUUUGGUUAAUUAGAAAGGUCUAUCAGAAAAAGGUAGAGGCAAAACAUAGGCUCUUUACUAAGAACUAGAAAAAUAAUCAUGUUGCAUAUAGUUUCCUGAGCAUGAGGAGCAAAUGAAGAUACCAAAGAUGAUUUUCCUUUUGUCUAAUAGGACCCUGCUAGUAGGAUAGUAUACAGUAAUGCAAAGAAGAAGAAAAGGAGUAUGAGAGAGUUCUUUGCUUUUCCUUUUCUGAUCUUUUUCUUUGUUUUCCCUUAUUAUACUGAGUACUAAUAUUUGUCAAAGAGCUAAACUGCUACAUAGAAAUGUUUCCCAUACUUCAUUAUCAUUAGAAAAGGAAAGAGGGCAAGAAAUUAGUUGAUUCUGUUAUUUCCCA